AUGCCUGACGACGAGCAAGCGGCCCAAUCAACAUCUUCAACAACGCGAAGAUGCCUGACAGGCACACAGCAGCACGCUGAUCGUGUCGCCACCUGCGUCAUAGAGAAGUUUGAGAGCCUGAAAAAACAUGGUAAACCGCAAGGCAAGGAGUGGACUGUACUCGCUGGUGUCGUUCUCCGGACAAAGACAUCGAGCUCAUCAAGGGAGUCUGUUAGGAAAUCAGCAGGAGACCAAAAUGAAGGAAACAGAAACACAGUGCACGAAACGCAAGGCCUCGAUGAACGAGGCAAACACGACGAGCAGGAGGAUCGUGACGAGGACGCUUCUUACCGAUGUAUAGUUUUGGCCACUGGGACAAGGUGUGCAGGUAGGCAGCUUGCGGCAGAAGAUUAUCUAAAUGGCUCAAUUGUCCGGGACUGCCAUGCGGAGGUGCUGGCACAAAAAGGCUUGCGGUUGUGGCUUGCUUCAGCUCCUGACGAUACAGUGAUGGGUCUUUUGGAAAUGAGUGGGAAGCUAGAAGAAAGG